CACAGGAAGGUCACACCAUCCCCCACCAUCAUCAGGGUGAAGAUCUGAUGAACAUGAAAGCUGAGGGUGAAGUAGAAGAGACGUAUGUGAGGGAUGAUCAGCAGUCUAUGGAGGAGGCUGGAAUGAUGAGGACAUUCAUAGAGGAGGACACUCCUACAGAGAUCAGCACAGGACACUCUAUCAAGAAAACCUCAAAGGAUUAUCCAACUUCAUCUCCAGAUUUAAAAAAAGAAGAUGAGAAACUCCCAAGUGAUUUUGGAGGACCUCACGGUGAGGAUAGACCAUUGAAUUCCUAUGACUCUGAGCAACCUCGUACUGUGAGGGAUGGUGUCGGAACUCAGGACGAGAAGACGUUUUCCGAUUCAGAAUGUGUAGAAAGUUUCAUCUUUGAACCCAGUCUCUAUGCCCAUCAAGCGGCAGAGAAGCCGCAUGCCUGCCCUGACUGCGGGAAACGUUUUACCACAAGAUCACUAGUGGUCAGACAUCAAAGAUCUCACACGGGGGAGAAGCCUUAUUCCUGUUCCCAGUGUGGGAAAUCGUAUUCUCAAACAUCUCAACUUGUCAGACAUCAGCGAUCUCACACGGGGGAGAAGCCGUAUUCUUGCCCUGAGUGCGGGAAAUGUUAUCCAGUAAAAUAUGAACUAGUAGCACAUCGCAGAUCACACACAGGGGAGAGGCCAUAUUCCUGCUCUGAGUGCGGCAAAUGUUACCCACGUAAAUCGCAACUAGUCAGACAUCAAACCUCUCACACAGGGGUGUUGCCAUUUUCCUGCCAUGAGUGCGGAAAGUGUUUUCUAACGGAGUCCCAUCUCUACAGACAUCAGAAAACUCACACUGGCGAGAAGCCGUUUUCCUGCCCCGAGUGCGGGAAAUGUUUUUCAGAGAAGUCCCAUCUUCAGAGACAUCAGAAAACUCACACGGGCGAGAAGCCGUAUUCUUGCCUUGAGUGCGGAAAAUGUUAUCCACGAAAAGCGCAACUCGUCAGGCAUCAAUUAUCUCACACUGGAGAGAAGCCGUAUUCUUGCCCUGAGUGUGGGAAACGUUUCUUAAAUGAGUCAAACCUUUAUACUCAUCAAAAGACUCACACGGGUGAGAAGCCGUAUUCCUGCUCUGACUGCGGGAAAUGUUUUUCGGAAAAGUCCAAGCUUUACAUACAUCAGAGGUCUCAUACUGGAGAGAAGCCGUAUUCCUGUCCCGAGUGCGGGAAAUGUUUUGCACAGAAGGCCCAUCUUCACGGACAUCAGAGAUGCCACACGGGGGAGAAGCCGUAUUCCUGCCCUGAGUGCGGAAAAUGUUUUUCACAGAGUUCUCAUGUUACCAAACAUCAGAGAACCCACACAACUCAAGGCCUGGUACUCGCCCAAGUACAAGAAAUCCUAAAUCAGGGGGUGAUACAUAUGAAUAGUCUCAAGGGACAGAAGAAUGGAAACCUCAAGGAUUUUAAUAUCAUUAUCAAAGAAGAGUUUAAAGAGGAGGACGAUGAGUAUGGGGGUGAAGAUCUGAUGAACAUGAAAGUUGAGGGUGAAGUAGAAGAGACGUAUGCCAUGGAGAAACCCUCAAAGGAUCGUCUCACUUUAUCUCCAGGUUGUAAAAUGGAAGAUGAGGACAUCACAGGAGAUUGUGGAGAAGAAAAGACAAUGAGCUCCACUAUGGAUGGAGGACUUCCCAGUGUGGAUAGACCAUGGAAUCCCUCUGACUCUGAGGAACCUCGUACUGUGGGGGAUGGUGUCGGAAUUCAGGAGGAGGAGGCAUUUUCUAGUCCUGAAUGUGGGGAAAGUUUUACCUUUGAACCAAGUCUCAAUGCCCAUCAGAGAUCCCUCACCAGCGAGAAGCCGCAUGCCUGCCCCGACUGCGGGAAAUGUUUCGCCACAAGAACGCUAGUCGUCAGACAUCAAAGAUCUCACACGGGGGAGAAGCCGUAUUCCUGCCCUCAGUGCGGGAAAUCUUACUCACAAACCUCACAACUUCUCAGACAUCGGCGACUACACACCGGGGAGAAACCGUAUCCCUGCCCUGAGUGCAGGAAAUGUUUUCCAGUAAAAUAUGAACUAGUCGCACAUCAAAGAUCUCAUAUGGGGGAGAAGCCGUUUUCCUGCCCUGAGUGUGGAAAAGGUUAUCCACGAAAAUUACAUCUGAUCAGACAUCAAAGAAUUCACACUGGGCAGAAACCGUAUUCUUGCCUCGAGUGCGGGAAAUGCUUUAAAGAGAAGUCUCAUCUCCUCACCCAUCAGAGAACUCACACGGGUGAGAAACCAUAUUCCUGCCCUGAGUGUGGGAAAUGCUUUUCGGAGAAGUAUCAUCUUAACACUCAUCUGAAAACUCACACGGGGGAGAAGCCGUAUUCCUGCCCCGAUUGCGGGAAAUGUUUUUUAACAACUUCCCAUCUUAACAGACAUCAGCGAAUGCACACGGGGGAGAAGCCGUAUUCCUGCCCUGAGUGCGGGAAAGGUUUUACGAGGAAAUCUCAUGUUUCUAGACACCAGAGGUCCCACACAGCCCUCAAAAAGCCUUCGUGACUUGAGUGUGGGAAAUGUCUCCUACGCCUGACCUUGAUAUACAUUUUGGGAAAACCAGAAGGCGGGAAAUGUUUUAAAGAAAAGUCCCAUCUCUUCACCCAUCAGAGAACUCACACGGGUGAGAAGCCGUAUUCCUGCCCCAAGUGCGGGAAAUGUUUUUUAACAACUUCCCAUUUAAACAGACAUCAGAGAAUGCACACAAGCAUUAAGCCGUAUUCUUGCUCUGAGUGCGGGAAAGGUUUUACGAGGAAAUAUCAUGUUUCCAGAGACAACCCUAUAGAGAAGCCCUAGUGACUUGAGUAUGGGAAAUGUCUUCUGGAGUGGAACCUCGGAUUGCGAGUAACGCGGUUAACAAGCAUUUUGCAAUACGAGCACUGUAUUUGCUAAAAUCCUAACUUGGUUUGGGUGUUGUCUCGCGAAACGAGCCAGAUUCAGGCCAAAGCGGGUGCAGUACUGCGCCACAAUUGUCCUGAGUUGGGGGGGCACCGGAGCCGAAUUGCACCGAUUGGCGGCUUCCCGAAACAGCCGGAAAGGCACAAGGGACAGUUCAGCUG